AUGAGCGAAGGAGAAGACAAAACGGCACUGAUUCUCCUGGCCGAAGGUGCCGAAGAAAUGGAAGUCGUCAUCACAGCCGAUGUCCUCACUCGUGGAGGCGUCAAGGUUUUCAGUCUUCGCGGCAAAAAAAAAAACAAAUAUUUUUCAGGUGAAACUCGCGGGAAUCUCCGGACCUGACCCUGUGAGUUGAUCAUAAUGUCUUGCAGGAAAAUUUUUAGUCGCAAAUUAAUAAAUUAGUUUAUUCAACUUUUUGUGUAACUUUAUUUUCAUAUUGAACUCCAGUUAAAAUUCAUAUUUAUUAGGUGGUUUGUGCUAGAGGGACAAGAAUCCUGCCGGAUGUUGCUUUGGAAGACGUCAAGGAGAAGCAGUACGACCUGAUCGUACUACCUGGAGGGCAACCCGGAAGCAACACAUUGGCAGCGGUGAGAGCUUUAGCAUCCUUCUGAAUACGAGUUGACGGCUCAGAGCGAACUCGUCGGCACGAUGCUCCGUGCUCAAAACGAGGCCAACCGGUUGAUUGGAGCAAUCUGCGCGGCUCCGAUUGCCCUCAAGGCUCACGGAAUCCAGGUGGAGCAGUUGACGAGCCACCAGUCCGUCAAGGCGCAGCUGCAGAAUGCCGGUUUGGUUGGAGUUUUAGUUCGCUGUCAACUCGGAUGUCAAGGCUUCGCUUAUUCGGAUGAGCGCGUCGUCGUUUCCGGCAGCGUGAUCACGUCUCGCGGCCCCGGAACCGCCUUCGAGUUUGCGCUGAAACUCGUCGAACUUCUCGUCAGCAAAGAAAAGGCUGCAUCCCUUGUCGAACCGCUCGUCCUCAAGUUGUGA